AUGAGAGUCACAACCUUUGUGAUCUUGUUCUGCGCAUUGCAGUAUGCGGCUGCAGUUGAUCAAGCAGGAUUGGAUCAAGACAUAAAUGAAUUGAUAUCGGGCAAUCAAAAUUUUAAGGAAACGACUGAAACAAAAUCCGAUGAAAUAAUUAAUAAAAAUGGUACACUGGUCGAACAAACAAUAACAAAGAAGAAGUACAUUGGAAAAUCUGGACACUUACGAAAUAAACCGGGUGAAAGAUUGACUAAGACUUUCGUAAUUGAGUUGGGUGAUAACGGCACUGAAACGAUAUCUGAAUAUGAUUUUAUGGAAACUAUAUUGCCUUCGAAAUCUGCUUCCUCAUCGGGAGGACAAGGUAGCGGUGCAAAUCAAGCAGCAGCAUCUGCAGCCACUGCCUCAGCUUUAGGUCAAAGUGGAAUCGGCUACGGCAGCAAUGGAUUGGGAGGACUAGGCAGCGGUGCUAAUGGAGCAGCCUCAUCAGCAACCGCUGGUGCCGCUUCAGGUCCAGGUGGAAAUGGCUACGGCAGCAAUGGAUUGGGAGGACUAGGUAGCGGAACCAAUGGAGCAGCAGCAUCAGCAGCCGCUAGCGGUACUGCAGGACCGGCCUUCAAUUUAAAUAUAUACGACUCCGGAUCAUUAGCGUCAUCUGUAUCUACAGCCUAUUCCAAUGGCAUCUCUGGCUUUGGACCUGGCUCAUACGGGCCUCUGGCACCUUACGGAUCCAGCGCUAGUGCUGCAAGUGCUGCAGCUUCAGGUCCAGGUAGAAACGGCUACGGCAGCAAUGGAUUGGGAGGACUAGGUAGCGGUGCCAAUGGAGCAGCCGCUUCAUCAGCAGCCGCUGGUGCAGCUUCAGGUCCAGGUGGAAACGGCUACGGCAGCAAUGGAUUGGGAGGACUAGGUAGCGGUGCCACUGGAGCAGCAGCAUCAGCAGCCGCUGGUGCAGCUUCAGGUCCAGGUGGAAACGGCUAUGGCAGCAAUGGAUUGGGAGGACUAGGUAGCGGAGCCAAUGGAGCAGCAGCAUCAGCAGCCGCUGGUGCAGCUUCAGGUCCAGGUGGAAACGGCUACGAGCAGAUCACAAUUUACGGUGCCAAGGUGGAGCGACUACGGCUACGGCAGCAAUGGAUUGGGAGGACAAGCAAUGGAUUGGGAGGACUAGGUAACGGUGCCAAUGGGGCAGCCGCUUCAUCAGCAGCCGCUGGUGCAGCUUCAGGUCCAGGUGGAAACGGCUACGGCAGCAAUGGAUUGGGAGGACUAGGUAACGGUGCCAAUGGGGCAGCCGCUUCAUCAGCAGCCGCUGGUGCAGCUUCAGGUUCAGGUGGAAAUGGCUACGGCACCAAUGGAUUGGGAGGACUAGGUAACGGUGCCAAUGGAGCAGCCGCUUCAUCAACAGCCGCUGGUGCAGCUUCAGGUCCAGGUGGAAACGGCUACGGCAGCAAUGGAUUGGGAGGACUAGGUAGCGGAGCCAAUGGAGCAGCAGCAUCAGCAGCCGCUGGUGCAGCUUCAGGUCCAGGUGGAAACGGCUACGGCAGCAAUGGAUUGGGAGGACUAGCAUCUGCUGGUGCAGCUUCAGGUCCAGGUGGAAACGGCUACGGCAGCAAUGGAUUGGGAGGACUAGGUAGCGGUGCCAAUGGGGCAGCCGCUUCAUGCAAGUGCUGCAGCUUCAGGUCCAGGUGGAAACGGCUACGGCAGCAAUGGAUUGGGAGGACUAGCAAUGGAUUGGGAGGACUAGGUAGCGGUGCCAAUGGAGCAGCAGCAUCAGCAGCCGCUGGUGCAGCUUCAGGUCCAGGUGGAAACGGCUAUGGCAGCAAUGGAUUGGGAGGACUAGGUAGCGGAGCCAAUGGAGCAGCAGCAUCAGCAGCCGCUGGUGCAGCUUCAGGUCAGGUGGAAGGGGCAGCCGCUAUCGGCAGCAAUGGAUUAGGCAAGCUAGGUGCGGUGCAAAUGCUGCAGCAGCAUCAGCAGCCGCAGCCGGAGCUUCAGGAGCAAGGUGGAAACGGCUACGGCAGCAAUGGAUUGGGAGGACUAGGUAGCGGUGCCAAUGGGGCAGCCGCUUCGUCAGCAGCCGCUGGUGCAGCUUCAGGUCCAGGUGGAAACGGCUACGGCAGCAAUGGAUUGGGAGGACUAGGUAGCGGAGCCAAUGGAGCAGCAGCAUCAGCAGCCGCUGGUGCAGCUUCAGGUCCAGGUGGAAACGGCUAUGGCAGCAAUGGAUUGGGAGGACUAGGUAGCGGAGCCAAUGGAGCAGCCGCUUCAUCAGCAGCCGCUGGUGCAGCUUCAGGUCCAGCCGCUGGUGCAGCUUCAGGUCCAGGUGGAAACGGCUACGGCAGCAAUGGAUUGGGAGGACUAGGUAGCGGAGCCAAUGGAGCAGCCGCUUCAUCAGCAGCCGCUGGUGCAGCUUCAGGUCCAGGUGGAAACGGCUAUGGCAGCAAUGGAUUGGGAGGACUAGGUAGCGGAGCCAAUGGAGCAGCCGCUUCAUCAUCAGCAGCCGCUGGUGCAGCUUCAGGUCCAGGUGGAAACGGCUAUGGCAGCAAUGGAUUGGGAGGACUAGGUAGCGGAGCCAAUGGAGCAGCCGCUUCAUCAGCAGCCGCUGGUGCAGCUUCAGGUCCAGGUGGAAAUGGCAUAGUACGAGAGAUCACAAUUUACGGACAAGGUGGAAGCGGCUACGGCAGCAAUGGAUUAGGAGGACAAGGUAGCGGUGCAAAUGCAGCAGCAUCAGCAGCCGCAGCCGGAGCUUCAGGAGCAAGCGGAAACGGCUACGGCAGCAAUGGAUUGGGAGGACUAGGUAACGGUGCCAAUGGGGCAGCCGCUUCGUCAGCAGCCGCUGGUGCAGCUUCAGGUCCAGGUGGAAACGGCUACGGCAGCAAUGGAUUGGGAGGACUAGGUAGCGGAGCCAAUGGAGCAGCAGCAUCAGCAGCCGCUGGUGCAGCUUCAGGUCCAGGUGGAAACGGCUAUGGCAGCAAUGGAUUGGGAGGACUAGGUAGCGGAGCCAAUGGGCAGCCGCUUCAUCAGCAGCCGCUGGUGCAGCUUCAGGUCCAGGUGGAAACGGCUACGGCAGCAAUGGAUUGGGAGGAC